AUGUCAGGCCCGUCGGUCUCUAAUCUCAUUCCUCCUAAAUGGGACGUCGGUGUUGGACUAAACAGUGGCUCUUUUGGUACUGAUGAUUCAUCUUCUUGCGUUCAGAAGCAGCAGAAGAAGAAGGUCAAGCUGUUCGGGUUUGACCUAACAACGAUCGCCCCCCGCAACAACCGAGAUGAAGAAGAGGACACCCCGAAAUCAGAUCUUAUGGAGAGAGACGAUCGCGAGAGCGUGAACUCGUCAAACACAGUCCCAUCUUCGUCAAUAUUCGACAACAAGACACCUCUGGCCAACAGCAGCAACGACAACAAGAGAUCAUCGCCGGUUUUGACCUCUGACCCGCACCACGAUGGUCAAGCAAAGAAGCUCUUCGAGUGCCGGUACUGUGCCAAGAUGUUCGCGAACUCACAGGCCCUGGGGGGUCACCAGAACGCCCACAAGAAGGAGAGGAUGAGGAAGAAGAAGUUGCAGCUCCAAGCCAGGAGGAGAGCGAGCCUCAACAGUUACCUUCAAGCGUAUCACAGUCAUUACUAUUGCGAUUCUACUGGGGUGGUUGAUUUCCGAGGGUCCAGUGAUGAUCAGUGGUAUUUGGACUCUUCAUCUAGUUAUGUGUACGAUCUCGAUGAUCAGUUUGCGCUCUCGCAUCAGGAGCCCCAGAUUAGCUUCGGCAACAUGACGGACCAUCGAGAAGGCCUUUCUUGCGGUGGAUCGACUCGAGUUCAAAACUGGCAUGCUCCUGCUGUGCUUCCGGCUGAUACCGGUUAUUAUCAGCGGGAGAAAUGA